AUGUUAACUAUUGACAGACUCCCCAGACAGCUUAGUUCUUUGCAUCAGCCCAGAGGAUACAACACAGGCCCUAUGUACAUAGAUCACAUCAAAAGGUAAGAGGUGCAGCCGAGAAAUACAAGACUUGGUAAUUGUGCUACGGUUAUAGGUACCAAACUUUAUUUCAUAACUGUGUUCUUUUAUUUUUGCAAAGCUUACGUUACAAACUCCGCAAACAAGUGUGCAGUGAACAGCAGUCACUAUGCCCAGGUCAGAAUCCCAGCCUACAGCAUGAUCUUCAGAUCUUAGUGACUUCACUUUUGAAGCAGGACCAAGGAGAACAGGUAUGUGGAAACGUAACCAUAAUGUAACAAUAUUUAAUACAACACUCCUAUACCUUUAAAGAAACACUUUCAGAAAGUAUUUUUUUGAAAAUGAAAGAAGGCACCACGCCAUAUCUUUAAAGUGGGUUUAAUUACUGGAGUGCUCUGGUGUGUCCCUCUAUUCAUGGUUAAACAGUUUAACAAGGGUUCCUGGCCACUUGUGGCACACUCACUUCUGCUCAGUCUAACUCUGCCACCCACUCAUGUACGGAAUGGUAUGGCCCAUACCAAUAUGUAAGAUACAGUGGGUAGCAAUGAUAGUCUGAGAGCGCACAUGUGACCUGGGCAGCCUUUCACUUAAACCUAUAGCCGCUUGCGUUACCAAUAAAAUAGUUUAACAGUGAUUCGAAGGAUGGUUCUAGGGCAUUCCAGUCAUCAUAACCAUUUCAAUAAGAUGAUGUGGUUAUGAUGCCCUGAGUGUUCCUUUAACCCCUUAAGGACCAAACUUCUGGAAUAAAAGGGAAUCAUGACAUGUCACACGUCAUGUGUCCUUAAGGGGUUAAGUAUCGAAUAUAUAUAUAUAUAUAUAUAUAUAUAUAUAUAUAUAUAUAUAUAUAUAUAUAUAUAUAUAUAUAUAUAAAUAUAUAUAUAUAUAUUUGAAGUUAAAUAUACUGGAAUGUCUCCUUUUAAAUAUAUGUCCACAAAAAUAAUAAUUUAACUGGGGGGAGGAAAUAGGCACAAGGGAAAUGCGAAUGUGUAAUCUGGCUCUGGACCCAGGGGUUAGGCAGGGGCCCCAGAACCAUGAAUUUGCUUCCCCAUUUACUAUCCCUAUGUGAUGACUGACAGCAUGCUCCAAACUGGUAACAUGACUAGGGCCCACUGGGACCUUUAAUUUUUCACAGGCUCAAACUUUUCUUAGUGGAAGUGUUUUUAAGAAUCAGUAUUCAAAAUAUUGUGAUUUCCAUCUGUUAAUACAUUAAAACUAGCACUUUUAGAUAAACGUAUAUGCAGUUCACAUACAUUUCAAGCUAAGCUGCAUGUAAAUGAUAUGUUUAUAAGGUGCUGAUCAAUGUAACUUAUUAGGUAUACAUGGGAUUACUUUCAAUGAAGUGCUCAUUGAUCCAUUCACUGAUCAGCCACAACAUUAAAAACACCUGCUUCAUACAGUGUAGGUGUCAAAACAGCUCUGAUGAAUUGAGGCAUGGACUCCACAAGACCUCUGAAUGUGUUCUGUGGUAUCUGACAUCCUUUAAGUCCUGCAAGUUGCAAGGUGGGACCUAAAUGGAUUGGAUUUGUUGUCCCAGUACAUCCCACAGAUGCUCAAUCAGAUUGAGAUGUCAUGUUCCUCCUACUAUUUCUGAACCAUUUUUGCAGUGCAGCCUGGUACAUUAUCCUGCUGAAAGAGGCCACUGCCAUCAAGGAACAUUACUACCAUGAAGGAAUGCACAUAGUUUGCAACAAUCUUUAGAUAGGUGUAAAAUGCACAUGAAUGCCAGGACCAAAGGUUUACCAACAGAACAUUGCCCAUUGCUUAAAAUUGCCUCAGUGCAUCCUGCUACAAUCUUUUCCCCAGGUAAACGGCGCACACGCACCCGGCCAUUCACCUGAUCUAAAAGAAAACAUGAUUUAUCGGACCAGGAAAACUUCUUCCAUUGCUUCAUAGUCCAGUUCUGAUGCUCACAUCUCCAUUGAAGGAGCUUUCAGCAGUGGACAGGUGUCAACAUUGGCACUCUGACCAGUGUGUCUACACUGCCCCAUAUGUAGCAAACUGUGAUGCACAUUUUUGUUCGGACACCUUUCUCUCAUGAUCAGCAUGUUUUUUGCUUCCAACACAUGAAAUUCAAGAACUGAUUGUUCACUUGCUGACUAAUAUAUUUCACCCCAUGACAGUUGCCACAAUAUAAUCAAUGUUAUACACUUUACUUGUCAGUGGUGUUAAUAUUGUGGUUUAUCAGUGUAUAAGCUUGUGAACCACUGUUAUAGAACCUUCUCUCCUCUCUACUAACCUGAACAUGGUGGUAUGAACAGCACUGGCCACUAGGUGUCACUGUGCACUUAAACACACAUCUGAGUUUUUCACUAAAGUGGAUAAUUGUUUAUAACUGGCAAUAGAAUCACAAAUUUACACGGUUAUUAACUAAAGUGAGAAUGCAGUGUUAAUAUAAAGUGAAUUUCAAAUUUAAGGUCAGAUUAGCCAAAUCGAAAGCAUAGCUGACUAAGAGAAUGUUUCCAGUUCGACUGCUUUUAUCUUAAAUUUGAAAUGAAACCAGGACUAGCCAGUAUAACUGAGCAGAUAAUACAGUCUAACUCAGCUAUGUUUCCAGUCUAACAAGCUUAACUUACAAGGAGCAAUACCUUGUCAAUUCUUAACGGUUUAGACCUAGUAAAUAACUCCAACCAUGAUUGAUUUAUUACAAAUGACACCAGCGGUCUAAAAUGAUUGAUAUGCUAGCUAUACCAAUAGGAGUACAUUGAGCGGAAGUAAAUAUAAAAACAACAAAGCGCUAAAUCACCGAACAUAUUCUCUCUCCCAAACAAUGAUAUUGUGUAAUGUGCUUGUGCAACAUAUUGAUAUUUUAAAAAGAAGCUGUCACAUUUGUGAUUUACUGAAAUGAAAAUGUAAGGUGAAUUCAAAGUGAGUUUCUAAUUUAAGGUCAAAAUUUGCCAAUGCUUUCAGUUUGGCAACUCUAGCCUCAAAUGUAAAAAUUCACUUUGAAUUCUCACUGUAGUAAAUAUUUUAGCAAAUAAAGCUAGUUACUAUAUGUGUUGUGUUUGUGUAUGGCUAACAAAAUAUAUAAGAUCUAUGUGCUACAUGGGGCAUUACGGGGGGAAAAACUAGAUUUAUUAUCUUACAAUUUAUUUAUUUGGAUUGUGGGAAACUGGUCAGAGAAUUUUGGGAGAAAUGGCUGUCUCUUCCUACACAGAACUUGUCUAAACAUGAGCAGGAUGUAUUUCCUUUGUCCCUCUCGCUGAUGGAAAUGAAGGCAAAAGAUCAGGAAAGUCAUUUAUCAGCUGCAUUCCAACCACAACAUGGACGACUGCUAAAGGCUGGGUGAGUCUUAAACUUUAGUACAUCCGAGGGCGUAAACUGAUGUAUGUAGUAUUAUGGUAUACAACUUUGUGUCACAAAGCCUGUAUGGGUAGUUUUGGAAUUUAAAAACAGUUCUUACAUUUAUUAUUUUGGUCACUGCUCUUAAGACCUGCAAUGUCAAAAUUUUCUUCAGUCUUCCAUCUUUUAAGAAGUCCCUGAAAACUCAUAUCGUCGCCAUCUUCCUGUAUGUCUUUCUUUACAUAAUUAGUGCAUGCACAGUCCAUUUAUUCCAUGCUACUGCCUUCCUACACUCAUAUUGUUAAUCUCAGAUAUUCAUCUUGAUACAAAUAUCAGACCUGAUGAUUCCCUUUGUCUUAUUCUUCCUCAUACACCCUAUUUUUCCACAGACUGUAAAAUCCUUUAAGCAUACCUUUAUUCAUUUCUUCUUUUCAAAUCCAUUUGUCAUUUAUUGCAGUUUUAUAUGCCCAUUUGUCCUGCAUAUUGGGCCCACAAAUCUUAGAAAACUAUCCCUGGUGAACCCCAAAUCUAAAAUAAAUUGGUAUAUCAGAGGUUGGGAGAAGGCAGGCUCUCUGUACCCCUGGUGGCCCAUACCUGUCCUAUUGGCUCACAAAUACUGCUAUUAAAUAGAAGAUGCUGGGAUCCGACAUGAUUAUCACUGUGCUCAGUGGCUUUAAUAUGGUGCACCUUGGAUAGACAAUAAUAAACUGUUUUCUAUACUGCCAAGAGUAUGAUGUCCUGCUCUUGUUAGUCACCUUGACCCAUAGGUUUUUGACAAGUACUCUCCUCCAAGCACAAAAGCCAGUGGAAACAGUUGGAUGGAAGAUGAAAAUCACAAAUUAUUAGUGCACAAUUCCCUACGCCAAGCAGGAGCAGAUCUUAUAAUUUCUUUCACAGUGCAUUUCUAUUUUUAUUUAUAGUCGUUGUUAGAACAGGGAGUAAUCUUAUGCUGUUGUCUGCCUGUAAUGGGCGCUUAAAAUGACACUAUAUUGUGACCACUUUAUUUCAUUGAAGUCUAUAGACUGUAAACUCGUUUGAGCAGGGUCCUCUUCAACCUAUCGUUCCUGUAAGUUUUCUUGUAAUUGUCCUACAAGUCGUCCCCCCCCCCCCACUCAUAAUAUUGUAAAGCACUACGGAAUCUGUUGACACUAUAUAAAUGGCGAUAAUAAUAAUAAUAAUAAAGUGGUCUGGGUGCAGUCCCCCUGUUGUUUUAGCCCUGCAAUGUAAGACAUUGCUAUUUAUUAGAUACAGCGAUAUUUCCAUUGCAGGGCUAAACACACCUCUAGUGGUUAUGUUCCUGACAGUCAGUAGAGGCGCUUCUGCUAUGAGAACCAAUAUAGACUAGAUUAUCACACGUCACCUCCUCUGAAUGCUUCUCAUAGAGCGAAUUAGAUUGGAGUAGUGCAGUGCUUGCCAUGCAUACACUUCUUGUUUCCAAUGUUUCUCUGUAAGAAGCAUUCGAUUGGACAAAAACACAAAAAAUUGAUACCGGGGGGAUAAGGGUGUAGGGUGAGUAGUGGGAGCCAGCACACAGUGAGCUGGAAAAAAGGUAAGUAAAAAACUUUUUUUUUUACACAAAUUUAGUUUAUUGGACUGUUAAUAUAAACAGGAAAGAGAAUACUAUAGUAUUAGGAAUACAUGUUUGCAUACCUAACUCUAUAGUGUUCCUUUAAAUAUUGCAACAUACACGUACUUGGAAAGAAUGGCUUACUGGGAUUUUAAGACACUGUACAUGUGACAUAAGUAUGUGGCACAUCCCAAAUUGUAAAUAAUGUUUUUGCUGCUGGUUACAUAGGCAAUAUGGGAUAUAUGGGUAAUGUGCACUUGCAGUCCACGUUGGUCUAACAAAUUAGUAUUGCAGUUUAAAAUAAGAAUAUGGAAAUGUCAGCAUGAAAAUAACUAAUGGUGUUCCGGAUGCCUAUUUCUAGAGCAUAAGCAUAUUGAUUCUUCUUUAGCUACUGGGAUGGAAUUUUUAUUUAUUUAUUUUUUUUAAGAGGAACUGAUAUUGCUAUUCUUAGCUUUUGAUGCAACCAAUCAUGCGCCCCAGGCAUGGUGAAUACAAUAAAACCUCACAAUAUCGCCGUUGUUUGCUUUAUCUAUUUCAUCAGCUUAUGUGUAACUCUUGUUUGUCAUCUGGUUGAUUAAUAAUAAUUGCAUUAAUUAAUUAUGCCUAGGUAAGCUCUUAGACAGUAGCUAGCGUAAGUGAGUAUCACAAGGUGAUGUCAAAUUACUCAAUAACAAUGGAUGGAUACAUUUAUCUUUCACUGGUUUUCAACAAAGCCCUAGGCUUUAAUUGUUAUAACUCAAGUAUGUUAUUAAUCUUGGAAGGAUAGAUGAAUAACAUGUUUGUACCUAUGGUCUUGAGUUAUCUAUCCAAACUGAUGUGGCAACUGGUUGUUCCGAACCAUGUUUCUGAAUUUCAAAUAGGCAUCUCUAUUCAUGGAUCUUUUAAGAGGUACUCCAAGCACCAUAACCACAAAAGCUCAUUGUAGUGGUUAAGGUGCAAGAAAGCAGUGCAUGCCAUCAUUCAGAUUUUUGGUGGCAUCAUUUCAAAGUGGCUUGAGUUUUAUCCCACAGAAGUGGAAUGAGGAACUAGCAGUAAACAAGAGGUUGGAGUCUGGUGCAGAAGCAACAGGGAGAAGAAAAUUAAUAGCGAGCUGGGGAGUAUAAUGAAAGAGAGAGAGAAGAGGUGGAAAAAACAAGUUUUAGCCGAAGUGUUCUCUCAGACUUUCACUGGUUUCCAUUAAUGGAAAGAAGAGAAACAUUUCUUGAUGCAGCACUUCAUACAUUUUACCCAGUAUUAUCAUAAAAGUAAAAGGAAGAAUCAUUUUCUUUUACAUGGAAAGAAACCAAUAAAAAUAUGAUAUUAUAAUUUAUAAAGACUAUCAUAACCUGAAGGUGUGAAUUGUAGCUCAUACCGAAGCUCUUGAAUCAUGUCAAUAAGACCUUACCACUCAUCACCGGGAUAAUACAAGCCUUUCACACUUCUUGGAAGCUACCAAUGAGGUGUCAAAAUCUUAAAAAGACAAAAUGGCACCUGUUUGAAGUGCUGAAAACAAUGUACAUUAAACAAAAUAUAAAACCAAAAUGUACCAAUACUAAACUAAAUGUAAAAUGGAUCAUCCAUGCUUUUUUUCCAACAUAUACUCAUAUAUAAUUGAAAUCCAAUGCAUUUACCAGAAGUGGAGUUUAUGGUAACAGACACAGCUUGUGGGAACAUUGGAAACAAAAUUCCAUUACUCGUCAUGCAUACUUGCAAAGCAAUGGAAGAAUAAAAGCCUGCUUAAUGAAAAGGCAAAUAGUCAAUAAACUAAAUGACAAGAAGAUUAACAAGGAACUGAAAUGUAUGAGUCAUCAUCUCACCGUUUACCUUUCUUAUCUUUCUAUGGUACUGAUGACUGUCCUGUGGAUAAAUAAUUUUUUAUUUUUUUUAAAUUAAAUUGUAAGAUACCUUAGCAAUUCAUAAUAUAAACAUAGGGCUUUUGGGGGGACACUUGUAGAAGAGGCUGAUGAUAGACUCACUUUGAUACACCUGUCCUGCUAUCUAUCAAGCCUAUCAAAUUCCUAUGAUUUGAACAGCCUCUAGAGAUAUUACCUUUAGACCUUAAAGGGACACUCCACUGCACAAAUACAAAGUAAAAAGAAGUCACUGUUUAGUGUAUAUAUACACCCAAAACAAAACUUUUUCUUUUUCUUUAUUAAAGCAUUUUUUUUCAUUGGAGUUAUAUCAAUGCUGUCUUUGCAAGCCCUCUCCUUCUAAUCCAACCCAGACUUUAUGUGACUGUUCAAUUACAGACUUUCCAAUGCAGCUCAAUGAGAAGUCUUUGCAAGGCAGUUGCUCUGGGCAAUUCCUGCCUCUUGCGUUCAGUGCAACUAAGCAAACCAAACUAAAAAGUAACAGUACUUGAUGUCUGCUUGACCAUUAUAAUUUAUAAAUGAGUCAAUUUCUAUUGAAAUCUGCACUAUUUCCAAAAAGGAAAGAAGAGUUCACACAAAGCUUUUCAGCAAGCUAAAGUGCUUUAGGGUACUGGAGUGUUCCAUUAAGGGUAGAGAUGUCUCAGUCAGCCCCUAAUGUUCAAUUCCAUAAAGGACUCACUGCAAUUGUUUUCCAGAUGGUGGGACUUGGAGUAACACAUGUCAAAGCAGUGCAGUCAUACACAGACUUUAAUGCUUUAUAGGAUUCAGAUAAUGUCUUUUUUUUUCUUUACUCGUUACAUUUUCUGAACCUUUACUAUAAAACAAGAUGUGAGCAUGGCAUACAGGCUCACUGAAUAGAGCUUGUUCUUUUCUACUAGCCUACAUUUUGCAUGUCAUUAAAACAGGAGUGCUCAAAAAGGUAGAUCCCCAGAUGUCCUGAGGUUAGCUAAAGGCUGGCAAAGCAUUAUGGGAGUUGUAGUUCUAAAACAUUUAGGAAUCUAUAUUUUGGGCAUCUCUGCAUCAAGCUUGAAUGCUUGGCAUGCAGGUAAACUCGCUAAAUAAGGUAAACUUUGAAAUGCAAAGUAUGGCUUCCAAUGCCACAUCAGCAUUAGAUAUAUGUUUAUAUUGAAUAGCAUACAGCUUAUGACCUGUAAUAACCAGUAUAUAUUUGUGUAGCUUAAUGCUCCUAUGAGCUGAAGUGAUUCAAUGUAUUACAGAAUUAAGAAUGUUAUUGUGAUUCUUUUGAUUUUUUCCGUUUUGAGUUUCUUAACCCCAGUUUAUCAACAUUACUAACAAUUCUGGCUAAAGUUAAACCUCUACAAAAGCCUGUAUGGUUGUCAUGAUUUAGCACUUUUCAUGUGUUAGAAGUGGAGAAAAACUCCAGUAGGGUUGUUUUAACAGUUCACUGUGGCGUCUAAAAGAUAAUAUUUGUUCAUGUCUUACCUGGUUUGAAUGCACAUAAUUUAAUAUGAUUCUUUCCUACUGAAUCAAUAUCACUUUGGUGAAAGAUAGCCAACCUGUUUUUUUCUCUCUCGUUUAUUUUAUUUAAAGGCUGAAGCCUCUACGGCCAGUUAGUAUCCAGGGUCCAACUGUAACGUUAUGCCAAGGCAUGUUACCAGGUAUGUUGCAGUGCCCAGUGGACAGAAACACUUUAUUACUCCACAGACCCACCAUAUUGUAUUGAAUAAACAUAAUAUGGCUGCCAAAGUACGUGAGGUAAUGUUUAAUGUCAACUGUAAGUUGUUUUCUUAAACACUUUUUUCCUCUUCCAUUACCACAGACUGCCUUAAUAUAAUGUAUUUUUAUAUUGCACAAAGUGGGGAUAGUUAUUUCAUUUACCAACAAUUGAAGCUGUAUAUAUGCAUUUAAUAGUAAUAAUUAAUAAAUAGUCUUUAAUCUUCAGCAGUAUAUCCCCAAUACAAUUGAAAUGUUUGGUUUACCAGUACUAUAUAUACAUUGUUGUCUCCUGUCUUUGUUCAUUACAGAAAGGGUGCAGACAAAACCAGGUUUGGGUGGUCUGACCAGAAUAAAACACUAAAUUGUGGAUGGAAAAUUGCAUAGAAGAGCUCCAGGAUGUCUGUGCAAUUUGAUGUCGCCUACAUGUCACCUAAAUUUAUAUCUGGUCUGAAAGAUGAGUGAAGUGGAGGCAUGUCAUAAGCAAAAUCAGACUAAACUGCUUUCCUCAUACUUAAUAUAAGAAACAAGAUUGUUGUUGCUUUGGGAAAGACAAUUUUGACGUCUCUGUGAUGUGCACCAUUUUCGAAGUUCCAGCUGCAUGGUACAAAAUGGAUGUACAUAAAAGCUGCAUAAUAAUUAUUGAAAAACAAAAACAAUGUAUAUAGGUAUCUUUUAUUAAUCUGAUUAUCCAGAAUAUGUUAACUGUAUCAUGUGCUGCUUGUUUUUUUUUCAGUGUUAAUUAUGUAUCGAGGUUCUGUUAAUUAAAUUUAACAUAGGUAUCAGAUGUUUUGAACAUAUUCACUAAAUAUCGAUUUAUUCCUAAAGCUUUGACCAAAAUGCUUCACAUUUCGGUGUUCAAAAAUUUUCAAGUGAAAAAUAACCACAUUCCUGCAAACAUGUUUAAGCGAGCACGCUCAAGUGUGCUUGCCUGACAGGAGGUGAGGUACUCAUAACGAUUUCUUUGCAGAAGGGCGCCACAGGGCAUUGGUGAUUUCUAUAUUGAUAGAGGAAAAUACCUUUUGCCUUCACAAAUCUAGAUCGAAUAGAUCUAAGAAUGCAUCAAAUGUCUGGAUGGAAUUGGUCAACCGUAAUUUUUAGCCAAAGGGUUACUCCAGUCAUAACUCAUUUAGUCCAGAGGUGAAUGAUGUCCUUAAACACACAGAUAACUUUUUCCAGUCUGAAAUAAUGGACAUUUUUUGAAAUGUAAUACUUAGGAGGAUGGUCCAAUGAAACCUAUUUUUUUACAUUACUUGUCUACCAACACACCAAAUACAGAAGCAUACACCAGAAACUAUUGGUCUGAGAUGAAAGAAAAUAGAUUGUUCAGAAAUACCUGGAUAUAGAUCCUGAAGGCCUGUGAAAUGGUUUGAAUGAGGGGACGGGGAGAAUGACAAUGUCAAAACAUUGUAACACAUUGUUCGGUGACCCACACACUAUAAAUCUUAAUGCCAGUACAGGUUUGCAAAGCCUCACUAACUUGUAAUACAGUCAACUUGUAAUACAGUCAUAGACGGGUUGACUAAAAUUGCCUUUCAAUCACUUAGGGAACAUUAGGGUGCCCAAAGUCAAAUUUGAGUGAUAAAAGGGAAGAAUCGUAGGGUAUACAUGAGAGGGAGAGGUCUUAGAGGUCAAGUAGGAAUUCUAGCAGACUUGAUAAUGGUCUACAUAGGAUGGUUUUUAUGGUAUCACUGCUUUGAGGUUCAACGGUUUACUUUAAGUUUUGUAUUUGGAGGAGAACACACACCAAGUAUCCAAAGACUUUUGAAUACCUUGCUUUAUAAGGUAGGAGCUAUAUUGAUUACGUUUUUCAUCUUGGUCUGUACUUUCCAGAUAUCUUUUACGAGCGUGAAUCUAUAUCCCAUUAGUAAGGACUAGUUUAAUGUGCUGUAUCUGAAAAAAGAAAAAACAAAACUACCAGUAGAUGUCUCCUGGUUGAAUAUGGUAAAGCAGUCACAAUAGUGAUGGUCUAAUAGGUAUAGUAGUCAUAAUAGUGGUUGUCACAAUUUUGGCGAAAAAAAUAUAAAACAUAAUUUUUAAUAGAUAAAUUCUAAAAAUGGUCAAAAUAAAAUAAAAAAAGAGAAGCAAAAACUGGGUAUUCGGUCCUGUGUAGGAAAUGUAAUCUUGCUGUAACAGCACUAAGCAUUCUUGAUCUGUCUAACUGACAGAGAGAAACAAAGUAUCACAAGAUAGAACAUCAUGAAAAAAUGUAUGUUACACAAUUUGUACAAUGCUGGUAGGGGGAGAGGUGAAAACUGUCACUGUUAGAUAGACUCUCCUGCAGAAAGAGUCAAAAAAUGGUUUAACUGUCUCAAUUAUAAUGUGUACAGAGAAAGGAUAGGGGGCACUCCCAGGACCUACAUUUUGCAUGAAAGGUGCUGCCGCAGUGACCAAACUUCAUACAUGAGAGAAUAAAUAGUUGUGGCGCACUCAGACUACAAAAAAUAUAACACAAAGAAGGCUACUAAAAUGCCUAUCUGAAAAUAAAUAUGGGGAUUUGGUUCCACCAUAUGGCCAUAUGUUGUUAAGCCCACCACCACUUACAAAGUACCCCAAUAUUGGUGGGUCCUACACUAACAUGUGGGGGACAAAUUAAAUAGUACUAGUGUUGAAAAGUGUUAAAUUAAAUCCUAGUAAGAGCAUAGUGAGUAUACAAAAAUAAGUGAUGAAAGCAAUUUAAAACAGUGUUAAAACUUAACAAUUAAUGUGUCAGUGCUAAAAUGAGUAUACUCACUAUUGCAGAUGAUAUCUGUGCUGACUGGAGAAAAUAAUAAAAGUGAACUGACUAUUGAAAAACUCCUCCUAUAUAUACACACCUGUGGCCACCUCUAAAGGAGCCUCUGAAGCUGGGGGGCCUGGGCGGGGUGCUUAACCCCUAAGGAAUCUGGUCUGGAUUCCAAAUAUACUGUGUACAGAAAAGGAUAGGGGGCACUCCCGGGAUCUACUAUUUAUUCUCUCAUGUAUGAAGUUUGGUCACUGCGGCAGCACCUUUCAUGCAAAAUGUAGGUCCCGGGAGUGCCCCCUAUCCUUUCUCUGUACACAUUAUAUUUGGAAUCCAGACCAGAUUCCUUUGAGGUUAAGCACCCCGCCCAGGCCCCCCCAACUGAGACACUAGUGGACACAGGGACACUAGUGGACACUGAGACACAUGGGGACACUGUGAGACAUAGGGGCAUAGGGAGACACAGACAUUGGGACACGGAGACACAGUGUCCCCAUGUCUCCCAGUGUCUGUGUCCCAUGUCUCAGUGUCCCCAUGGCUCCCAGUUUCCCCUAGUCUCCCAGUGUCUGUUUCCCCAUGUCUCCCAGUGUCCCUAGUGACUCUGUAUCCCUGGGUCUCUCAGUGACAUGGGGACACAAUGAGACAUGGGGACACUGGGAGAAAUGAGAACACUGAGAGACUAGGGAACUGGGCGACAUGGGGACACUGACACUGUGAUACAUAGGGACACUGAGAGACUGGGUUACUUGCGAGACUGAGACACUGGGAAACAGGGAGACACUGGGAGCAAUCCAUCUAUACAGCAGAAUCAAACUGUGAGUAGUUUGUUGGUUAUUUUACAGAAUUUUCUCUUAUGUCACUCCUUGUGAUUUACAUCAUGUGAUGUCACGCAUAACUAAUUAAUUAUACAAAUGUGUAAGGCUGGUAUUUUUUUCCAAGAAAGGUGGCAACCCUAACUACUCUUCACAUACUCUUGCUUAAAGGAACACUAUUGGGUCAGGAAUACAAUCAUGUAUUUCUGAACUUAUCAUGUUAAAACCACCAUUUAGCCCCCCUGCCCCUCUUGCCUCCCUAAAUAUAGUAAACUCUUACUUGUAUUCAAGUCUGCAGCUGCUGGCUCUGUCAAUGUCUGCCUCUGAACUGACUCUGUCUGCUGACAUCAUCAGAAGUGGUGGUCUGAGCAAAUUACAAUGCUUCCCCAUAGGAUUGGCUGAGACUGUCAACUAAGCAGAUCAGGGGCAGAGCCAGCACAAGUCAAACAUAGCCCUGGCCAAUCAGCAUCUCCUCAUGAAGAUACAUUGAUUCAGUGCAUCUCUAUGAGGAAAGUUCAGUGUCUGCAUGCAGAGGGUGGAGACACUGAAUGGCAGUGCUGUACACUAGGCAGUACUGCCCCAGGAGGCACCUCUAGCAGCCAUCUAAGGAGUGGCCAUCAGAGUUAUUUUCUCUGAAAAGACAGUGUUUACUGCAAAAAGCCUGGAGGGAAUGAUUCUACUUACCAGAACAAAUACAAUAAGCUGUAGUUGUUCUGGUGACUAUAGUGUCCCUAGUUUGGAAGCUUAAGAGGGAUGCAUGGGAACAAAACCUGUGUGGACUGGCUGACAAUAAAAUUAGUUUAGAUAAUGCAGACUUUGGUCUCUCUAACACUGUGGCGUGUCCCCUUUCUUCUACACUCGCUACAUACACAUUUUCUCUGUCCCAGACUAUAUACCAGGAACUUCUGCCUGCUAGUAAGAUGAUAAGGAGACAAGUGGACAUGUGAGUGCUAGGGGACAGUCCUUAGAAAGCGUGGAGUAGGCGCAUCAUUUGAUGCAUUUAUGUCAGGUUCAGGGUGCUGCCUGCAUAGUAUGCCUUUAGUUGGACAGCCUGCAUGAUUCAAGCCAGGCUGGCCUUCUAAUUCUUUGGACAGACAUGCCCCCUUUUUGGGCAUGUUCACCCCUUUUGGCAGGUCUGGUCACAUGAUUUGCGCCAGUUGCACACCCUUUUACCCUGCACAUUGACUUCCUGCUUCACUGGACACUGCAGUUAGGGGAUAUGGAUUUACUUGAAAGAUGAAAACAUAAAUUAGAGAGAGAUUAGCAUAGAGUAUGUGAGUAGCUGCAUCCUUUGAGUUUCCCUCCAACACCAUCUCCAUCAGAUACAUGAUGCUUGGGAGGUAUGAUUGUUUUAGUGUUUUUGGUCGAUAAGAUUCUGUAAAUAGGCCCAUCAUAAUUGUCAGCACUAGGCCCACUGGGCUUUUAAUCUGGCUUUGAGUUGACCACUGAUGUAGGACUCAUGUGCAGUGUAGCAGAUAGACCUAAGGUGGCACCAGUGUGGGACUCGUACGUAAUAAUUAGUGCACUAGUUUGAACAACUGGCUGGACUCCAAUAAGGGAGUCAAAAAGGGAGUGUAUAUAGAGUACCUAUCAGAAUAAGGAAAGAAGAAAAAAAUAUAUAGCUGUAAAAACUAGAUUCUGCAAUUAGCAAGGAUACAUAUAAAUGCUAGUAAAGACAAAAAAUGGAGUGUCCAUAUCAGCCCUAGAUACAAUUGUUUGGGAUGUGGUGAUUUUUAUAGUUGAAUUGGUGUUUAGGUAACGGAUCAUCGCCAAUUUAGCUACUGGAGCAGGACUCUUGCUUGAUGCUAAGGUAAUAGGGAAACCAGAGGAGGCUGUUAGCUUUAAUAUUGCAGAAGAUUGGGGCGUGUCCAACUUCCGGCAAGAUCGGUCGCAUGGAGUAGGAGCUCCGCACCACCCGGACCAGAUUAAACACUAUUAACGAGGAAAUCUCGCCGGAUUACCCUGAACCAGCGGGGGACAAGGCUACACGGCUCCUAAUGUCUCCCUCAAAACAGAUGAAACUUACGGACGCGGUCCGCCAACAUAAGAGGGAAAGACUGAAGCAGGCCCAAGAUGGCGCCGCCAGCAGAGCUCAGUCUCCGGACCCUGACCCCUGCACCGAGUCGCCCACGCACUCGCUAUCAGACGACUCACAAUUCUCAAAGGAAUAUCUUAGACAAGUGCUCGCGGACCUCGGGUCCACUAUUAAAGAGGAUUUCACCACCUCCUUGGCGGGCAUCCACCAAGAGCUAGAGGAGCUGGGUGACCGGACCGAUCAGGUCGAACGCAAAACUGAUGAUCUCUCCUCUGCCCACAAUCUGAUGGCGGAUAGAAUACAGAAACUAGAGGAAGAUAAUAUCAAAUUAUGGCAUAAAAUGGCGGACAUGGAGGACCGCUCUCGCAGGAACAACGUGCGGUUCCGGGGAGUAGCAGAGUCCAUAUCAACAGACCAGAUCUCGGCCUACAUCACCGCACUAAGUACACCGCUGGUCCCUGACCUCUCAGAUGUAACCUGGGAACUGGACAGAGCCCACCAGGUUCCAAAACCGCCCAGAUUUGGCGCGGACGUUCCGCGCGACAUUAUCGUGCGCUACCAUCACUUUAAAGCCAAGGAGGCUCUUCUUAAGGCCGCUAGAGCCCAAGCCACAUUUCCCGACCCAUAUAACGCUGUCUCUAUUUUUGCGGACCUAUCGGCCCUCACUAUGGCAAGACGCAGAGAAUUCUCCUCCAUUACCAAAACCCUACGCAACCACAAUCAGGCUUAUCGCUGGGGAUUUCCUACGAGACUACUGAUCUGGCGGCAGAAUAAGCUCCACAUUAUAGAUGACCCCCUGAAAGGUCUAUCCACGUUGAAACACUGGGGACUUUGGGGCCAACAAGAAACCACCCACCAACAACCGGACGCCUCGACCACCCUGAAGAGAUCCCAGCCAGACUGGCAGAUGGUUGGCGCUCGACGCUAACAGCCACCCCAUCUAGGACAGCAUCUCCCUGCCUCUACUCUUUGAUGUAUUCUACAGCCGCGCAAGAAGACACCAUGCUGACUGUCGAUGCCCUCGCCCGACACGGUCGUCAACCACCUACCCCUGAACUGUCUCCAGCUGGCUUAUGCCUUACGCAAGGGCUCUAA